AUGAGGCCGUCGAUCGUGCUGUUCGGGGACUCCAUCACGGAGGAGGCGUUCGGGGAGGGCGGCUGGGGCUCGUCGCUCGCCAACCACUACUCCCGCUCCGCCGACGUCGUGCUGCGCGGCUACAGCGGCUACAACACGCGCUGGGCGGCGCGGGUGGCGGGCCGCGCCGUCGCCAGCAUCGCCGGCCCCGUCUCCGCCGUCACCGUCUUCUUCGGCGCCAACGACGCCGCGCUGCCCGACCGCGCCUGCGCGCUCCAGCACGUGCCCCUCGCCGAGUACAAGGACAACCUCCGCGCCAUCUGCGCGCUCCUCAAGAAGCGGUGGCCGUCGGUGGUCGUCAUCCUCAUCACGCCGCCGCCGGUCGACGAGGACGGGCGUCUCCGGUACCCGUACGCGCAUGACUUCUCCGGCCUGCCGGAACGCACCAACGCGGCGGCGGGGUUGUACGCGCGGGCGUGCCUGGAGGUGGCGCGGCAGUGCGGGCUCAGGGCCAUCGACAUCUGGUCCAGGAUGCAGAGGUUGCCCGGCUGGGAGAAGUCGUUCCUCAGGGACGGGCUGCACCUGACGCCGCGCGGCAACCGGGUGCUGUUCGAGGAGGUGGUGUUGGCGCUCAAGGACGCCAACCUCAGCCUGGAGGCGCUGCCCGCCGACUUGCCGCUCUUCGGCGACAUGGACCCCGACAACCCGGCCAAGUCGUUCGAGGACCACGAGUGA